UCCACUGUAUCUCAUGGCCCAUCCCUCUCAGCUGCCGCCGGCCUUCCACCUCUGCUUACUCUCUCUCUCUCUCUCUCUCUCUCUCUCUCUCUGCUUUCUCUAGAUGGAAACAUAUAGUAUAAUAUCUUCUUCCUCCUCUACUUGUUGCGCUCAGCACAACUAUUCUCCUGGCCAUCUACAACCUCUCACAGCUGAAGCGAUCCAGAUGAAUAACACUUACGAGGGUCUGUUUAGAGCUACAAAGAAUUACCUUCAAAGUGAUCAGAGCCAUAUCAGCUCGACUUCUGAGCUUUCUCAUGAAGUAUUGGAGGCAAAGAGCAUGGUUGUGGCUCUAAAUAGUGGUGAGUAUAGUGCAAUUACUUCCGAGCACAAAAGUCUUAAGAUGGAUACUGGUGAUGAUAUAAUUGACCAUCAUAGAAAUGGUCAUAAGAAGAAGGCCAUAUUUGAUGUGGAAGGUGAUGAUGAAGAUGAUAAAGGGAGGAAUGAAGUUAGUGGUGGGAAGAAGAAGGGAGAGAAGAAGGUGAGAAGGCCACGCUUUGCUUUCCAGACCAGGAGUCAGGUUGACAUCCUCGACGAUGGUUAUCGUUGGAGGAAGUAUGGCCAGAAAGCUGUCAAGAACAACCAUUUUCCAAGAAGCUAUUACCGUUGCACGCAUCAAGGUUGCAGUGUUAAGAAACAAGUUCAGAGGCUAUCCAAAGAUGAAGAGGUUGUGGUUACAACAUAUGAAGGGAUUCAUACUCAUCCUAUAGAAAGAAACAAUGACAACUUUGAACAAAUUUUGAAUCAGAUGCAGAUUUACAGUAGAUUUUCAUAGAUUUGCAUUUGAAUGCCCCAUGAUGAACAAAAUUGGAGUCCACCUUCACCUUCACCUUCAAGUCGCCUUCUUCCUUUGUUUUUUUAUUUGUAAAUUAAGGACUCUUGAAUCUUGUACUGCUAGCACUUUUCAAUUAUUUAAGUGAAGCCUGUGUAAUUGUGCAUGAUUAAAGAUGAUAAAUAUAUAUAUCAUAGACUGCUAAAUUUAUCUUUCUCAA